GGGAAGCGAGCUUGGUAUUAACAUGGCGGUGGACCGGGCGGACGUGAAGGUGGACUGAGAGGCGGAGGCCCAGAGGACCGGCCGCUUCCCGGGAACGCGGCCGAGCUUCCCUUUCUCUCCCCAGCGUCCCGUUUUUGCUUUGCGGGGCGCCGCUGCUUCGCCCGGCUUCCUCCAUACCGGGCUGGGUGAGGGCUCUCCAUCUUCCUCCUCUUCUUCCUCGCUCCUUCGAAGCUGUUUUCCCCUUCCUGGGGGCUGGAGGUUGAGGGGCUUCUCUCUCUCAAUAUCGGGCUCUCCCCCAUUUUCCUCCCUUCCCUUCAAGUUUGGAGGGCGGGCCUUCUCCCCCCCCCCCAUUUAUCCUCUCGGAUUCUUCUGACGACCCUUUUUCUUCCCCCAAAUUAAGCGCCUCCGUUUUGAGGCUUGCCUCCCCCCACCUCCUUCCCCUUUCCCGAGAAGAUUGCAAAGGGCUUCUUCUUUGCUCUGCCCACCCACCCCAAAUUUUUGGGUAUUCAGAGUGUCUCCCCCUUUCUUCUUCUAUUUCCCCUUCUGCCCCAGAUUCCUCUGCUAGAAAUUGGUGAGGUUCACCAAAUGCCUCUUGUUUAAAUAAGGGGUCAUUGACGCUUCACACACCCCCUAUGUCACCCCUUCAGAAAAAUAUCUCCCCUUCCCCUUAACUUAUCCUGGCAAAAUUUCUCUUUCUGCCCAACGUAAUUCCUCCCUUUCCUCUCCCUUGUGAUUUGAUAGCCUACUCCCCUAUCUUGCUGAAUCCCUCUUCUGUCUCUUGAAUAGUCUGUCCACAAUCUCCCCACUUUUUUUUUUUUGAAAUUUUGGGGGUUCUGCCAUCCCUGACCUAUUAAACCCUUAACUCCAUUUUGAUAGAUACACCUGUCUUUUUUCCCUGGGAGAGGCAGAUCUGCCCACAGUUUUUUCUUUUCUUUUCUCCUGGCAGCUAUGUCUUCUCAUCCUAUUUGUCUUCCCUAAUCCUGAAGCAUUUUUAGGUUCUAUUCGAGGUUUGCCUUCCUACCACCCGGGAUCCUUAUAGGGGAUUUGGUUAGUUUGCCCUUCUGUUCAGCUCUUGCUGAGCGACUAACCCUUCCUUACUUGUUUCCAAAUUGGUGCAUCUUUCAUGCCAAUCCCUUUAAGGACUAUUUGUCUUCUAACUCAGACUAUGGGCUACUUUGUUGUAGGGUAACUCUUUCCAGUUUUCUUUUUCCUUCCCUUGUGCCAGUUUGGGAGGUGAAUUCAUUGCUUAAGUUCUUUCUCCUAUCGGCAGACUUGGUUAAUAUCUUGAAAUUAAAUUUAUAUGUGGGAAAUUGGAGCCAAACUCUUCUAAGAGAAGACUGCAGGAGAAGCCUCUGAAAGCAGCCCUGUCAACCCUCUGGGCACCUUCACCAACUCAGGAUGUCAGAGAAUCAGCCCAAUAACACCCAUCAUCCAUUGAACAAUAAUGGGGUGGGUGGGCCCCCCGCCGGCAAUAACCGAGGGGUCCGCAAUCUCAACCAGAACCCUCUCAUCAAUGUUCGGGAUCGCCUCUUCCAUGCCCUUUUCUUCAAAAUGGCUGUCACCUAUGCCCGCCUCUUCCCACCGUCUUUCCGUCGCAUCUUUGAAUUCCUCAUGCUCCUUAAGGCUCUCUUUGUCCUCUUCAUUCUGGCAUACAUUCACAUCACCUUCUCCCGUUCCCCCAUCAACUGCCUGGAACACGUCCGGGAUAAAUGGCCACGGGACGGCAUCCUACGAGUUGAGAUCCAACGCAAUUCCAGCCGUAAUCCUGUUUUUCUCCAGUUCUGCGAGAGUGAGAGGUUUCCAGGCAUGAUGAUUGAGCCUGCUGUUGGGGAGGAGGAGGAAGAGGAGGAGGAGGAAGAAGAAAUGACUGUGGAGAUGUUUCAGAACAGCUCCAUCAAGUUUGAUCUGGAUAUUGAACCCAAGAUCUUCCACAAGGCAACUCGGCUGAGUAAUGCCCAUGUUUUGUCCCCCAACGAAAGCCAAGAAUUCUCCUUCGGCAGCGAGCCAGCCUCUAAAGGUAUGCAGCCUCUCAGCGAGACUGUGUCCGAAUUUGAGAUGCUAGCCAAAGCAGUGUGGCCGCAGGAAGAAUACAUUGUGGAAUAUUCCUUUGAGUACGGAUUCCUCCGAUUAUCCCAAAGCACCCGUCAACGUCUGAGCAUUCCUGUCAUGGUGGUGACUCUGGAUCCCACCCGGGACCAGUGCUUUGGAGACAGGUUCAGCCGCCUCUUAUUGGAUGAAUUCUUAGGAUACGAUGACAUUCUCAUGUCCAGUGUGAAAGCCUUGGCUGAAAACGAGGAGAAUAAAGGUUUCCUUCGCAAUGUGGUGUCUGGGGAACACUAUCGUUUCAUCAGCAUGUGGAUGGCUAGGACUUCCUACGUUGCAGCCUUCGUCAUCAUGGUGAUCUUCACUCUCUCUGUUUCCAUGCUGUUGCGUUACUCACAUCACCAAAUCUUCGUUUUUAUCGUGGACCUGUUACAGAUGCUGGAAAUGAACAUGACAAUCGCCUUUCCCGCAGCUCCUUUGCUGACCGUCAUCUUGGCUUUAGUAGGCAUGGAGGCCAUCAUGUCCGAGUUCUUCAAUGACACCACCACGGCCUUCUAUAUCAUCCUCAUUGUGUGGUUGGCGGACCAGUACGAUGCAAUUUGCUGCCAUACCAACACAAGCAAGAGGCACUGGUUGAGGUUUUUCUACUUGUACCACUUCGCCUUCUAUGCCUACCAUUAUCGCUUCAAUGGGCAAUAUAGCAGUUUAGCCUUGGUAACUUCGUGGCUUUUCAUACAGCAUUCCAUGAUCUACUUCUUCCACCAUUACGAGUUGCCAGCCAUCCUCCAGCAGAUCCGCAUCCAGGAGAUGUUGCUCCAGAACCAGCAGGUGGGGACCCAGACCGCUCUCCAGGACAACCUCAACAACAACACAACCGUGGCGGCCACCAGUUCGGCCGACCAGCAGCCCCACCUGGACGCCAGCACAGCCGGGGCAGGAGAUGGCUCCCCAGCUUCUGGGGAAGGCCACAGCCCCCCGGCCUCCGGCGCUGGCGUCUCCCUCGGGAAUGACUUGAAUUGGGUGGCAGAGACAGCCGCUGUCAUCACAGAAGCCUCCUUUCUCUCCAACCUGGGCAGUUCCUUUCUGGACUCGGGGGCCCCUCCGGCCGUUGUGACUAGUGGAGGGACUUUGCAGGACCUGGAGCCCGCCUCGAACCCUGCGACCCAAAGUUUGGUUAGUAGUGACCGUACGGAAGUGAGCUCCGUCACGAUUGAGGGAACGCCCACCGUUGGGACCUCUGUGACCAACACACCUUCUCCCGCCACGGCCCAGUCAGAGCUGGAAGACGUUCCCCAGCCGUCAGAGAGUUCGGUAGGCCGAGCUGAGCCUCUGAAGACAGACUCUUCCCAAGGCUUGGCUUUAAGGGGACUCCUGAGUCAGGCCUCCGAAAGGCCUGCCGAGAGGGAUCCCACGCCGCCCCCCCCAGAAAAUAGGAUCUCCUGAUCCCAGGAAGUCCCUGCUGCUUCUCCUCCCGGAACUCCUUCUGCCGCAGGAGGCUGGGCGGCUUUCCGAUGGCAUCAAUUCGUUUUCCACACCGAGUUCCUCUUUUAGAGAAGAAAGAGGCAGAGUUAGAACAUAAGAUGAAGGGAGAGGCCUCAUUUUCUCCUGCCUUCCAAGUACCAGGAAAGGAAAUUGGGGGGGGAGGGGGGAGGAGAAGCUGAAUAAAAAGAAGGGGGAAGCGAUUGUAGAUGUCGGUCCCUGCGUCGUCGGAAUCGAAUCUUUUUGUUAAAGAAGCGGCUUUCCGCAUCUCUUGUCAGUGAAUUGCGUUGAGCCCCAAUUUCUCAUCUCUGCCUCCACCCUCCGUUUUCCCAGACUGCAUGGAAUCAUGGGGACUCCGUCUGAGUAUCUGCUGGAGAUCCUAAUUUGCAUUUAGAUCCUUGUCUGUUGGCAUUCAGUUUUGUCUGAAAGGGUGCUUUAGAAGUGGGGGGGGAGGGGGGGAGGAAAAAGAAAGAAAGAAAGAACGGGUAUCAUGACAAAAGUUGUUUUUGUGGAUGCACCUUGGAAUUGGGUGGGGGAUGAUAAAGGCCAGAAACCCUGGUGUGGUGAUUAUAAAGAGAAAUGGAUCCUUAAGCAGAAGGUGCAGCGUGGAAAGUUGGCAUGAACUGGCUCCGGAAUUAUCGACGGGAAUUGUUAUUGGAAGGGUCUUAAUACUUGAGUCCUAAAAAAAAAAAAUUCCU